GCCCUUCCUCGCCCAGCACCGGGAGCUGCCGCCCGCCGGUUCCCAGCCCCGGCCGCUCCGUGCCGACGGGGGGGGUCUUGGCAGCGACCCCUGGCCGCCUGCUGGGCUGGGCCGGGCCGGGCGGGCCCGCCCCCGGGCUAUUUAGUGCUCGGCACGGCCAGCCGCGCUCCGCCACCGGCGGGGCUGCACGGCUCGGCACGGCUCGGCUCGGGACGGGACAGCUCAGCUCGGGACGGGACGGGAGCGGGCUGCCAGCGCCCUCGAGCGGCACUGGGGUCGAGGAGGGGCAGCCAAGCCCUUGGGCACGAGCCGAGCUCUUCCUCCGGGCGCCGGGCAGGGCUGCUGCCAGCUCCGUGCCGGUGGGGCGGGACGGGGCGCGCAGCCCUCGCCCUGCCCAGCCGAGGAACGCGGACACCGGCUCCGAGAGCUGGGAGAAGAGAGGCAGCAGCGGGAGCGGCCGGGACCGUACGGAAGUAUUAUGAAGACAUUUUCUAUUAUGAAUUGCGGUAUUAGUGUGAUCAUGGACUUGUCUGUGCUUAUCCUGACCAGACACUAGACACUAACUCUGGUAAAAGGGGAGCUCUGCAAUUUUCCUUUAAAAAGAACAACAUUGGAUUCUUCAUUGGGUACACUAAGAGUGAGAGAAAAGAGGAUAUCUUGAAGGAUCUCAUCCUGAGAAGUCCUCCGUUGUUAAAGUUAAGUGACUUCCUCUGUAAAACAGGUCUGCUUGCUAUCCUCAGAAUAUCUCUAUCCAAGUUAGAGGAAAAAGGAUAAAUCUGACGUCACAGACCAGACCACAGGAGAUGCUUGAGGCCUCUCUGAUCUUCUGACACUAGCCCUCACUGAAGAACGGUACACAACAGAACACAAAGGUUGUGCAGAACACAGAAUUACAGAACAGAGGUCUUGAGCUCAUACUCCUCAGUAUCAAUUCACAAAGUUAGCAGCUGGGAAGUAGAAGAUAUCAAAGGCAUAGAGAAUUUGUAGAUAACAGAAGAGCAUAUCUAUUCAGCUUCAAAAAGUUACGGAAAUAAAAGUCGCAAAGCAGCCCAACAAGUUUUCAUCCAGGAGUGUAAACGAAGAUUGAAUUUCCAAGGCCUGGGCACCUUCUCUGAUUUUAAUUCUCUGUACUCGAGCAAAGAUGACAGAAAACGCAACAGUGAACUCAACUAACACUCACUCAGCUCUCCUAGGUCUGUUUCUGGGUAGCAUUUCACUGAUCACUGUUGUCAUGAAUAUAUUAGUACUAUGUGCUGUGAAAACUGAAAAGAAGCUGCAAACAGUUGGCAAUUUAUACAUUGUCAGCCUCUCUGUUGCAGAUCUUAUAGUUGGUGCAGCUGUUAUGCCCCUUAAUAUUGUUUAUCUCCUAAACAGCUAUGUGUGGACCCUGGGUGUAACAGCCUGUUCGUUCUGGCUGUCCAUGGAUUAUGUGGCCAGCACUGCAUCUAUUUUCAAUCUCUUCAUAUUAUGCAUAGAUCGUUAUCGCUCAGUCCAGCAACCACUGAAAUAUCUCAAGUAUAGAACAAAAAUGAGAGCAUUACUAAUGAUUCUGGGGGCUUGGUUGCUGUCUUUCUUGUGGGUCAUCCCAAUACUAGGGUGGCACAUUUUUGCUGGUGCUGAGAAAAAGAAAGAAAUUGUAAAGUGUGAAACUGAUUUCUCUACAGUUACCUGGUUCAAAGUGUUCACAGCCUUUGUCAAUUUCUACCUACCCUCUAUCUUGAUGUUAUGUUUCUACUGCAAAAUAUUCAUAGCUGUUCGUAAGCACUGCCAACACCGAGAGCUCAUCAACAGAUCAUAUUUGUCUUUCUCUGAAAGCAAAAGUGUACAGCCUGGUAAGACAAAGGACAAGCAAAGUAUUUGUCUCCAAAAGCAAAUCUUAGAUGAGAACACACCUCCCAGAGACAAGCAAAGGUCCCCUCAGCCCAAAAAUACAGAAGCAAAGCUUCAUUUCAGUGAUCCUGACAGCUCUUCAAAAGUUAUCGUUAGCAGGAGGAAUAGCGAAGUCCUUAAAUGGAGCUGUUUCCCUCUCACCACUGCCCAGUCUGAGCCGGGCCUGGAUAAAACAGGAGAGAAGAGUGUAACAAAGGACAACAAAAAUGAAGAGGACCUUUUCUCACAGGACAGUGACUUGAGUGAUGCAUCAGACAGCCAAACUUUCACAGAGGAGGUACCUUGUGGAGAGGAGUCCAGCCCUAACCCUGAAAGAGCCUGCAGUCCUCAGGAAAAGACAGAGAACAGGGACUCCAAAGGACUGACUUACCUGAGGAAAACCUGGCAAAGACUGCAUACUCGUUCCAAAAACCAUCUUCGAAGACUGCAUGUGAACAGGGAGAGGAAAGCAGCUAAGCAGUUAGGGGUCAUAAUGGCAGCCUUUAUGUUGUGCUGGAUUCCCUAUUUUGUAUUAUACAUGGUAAUAGCUUUCCACCAUGAUGAACGAUAUAGCACGUUACAAAUGGUCACUAUAUGGCUUGGCUAUCUGAAUUCCACUUUAAAUCCGUUCCUGUAUCCUCUUUGUAACCAUAAUUUCAAAAAGACAUUCAAAAAGAUCCUUCACAUUCCCUGAUAAUUGUCUGAUUUAUUUUGAGCUAAAAAGCAUCUCAUAAAUUCAAUCAAACAAAAUGUUCUGGUUUCAAAGGCUGGAUAAACAUAAGGCAUGGAUAAAGUAGAAGGUUUUGGAAAACUGUCAUUUAUAAACAAGUCUUUGUACAAGUGGGAAACGUGCAUAUAACACCUUUAACACGUUUGAAGAAGAACUAAUUCCAAUCAGGAAUCUGAAAAACUCAGGGGUUAAUCUCAGAACUGUUACACUAUUGUACAUAUUUUACAAUUUGAGAUUCUCUCUUUCAUCACGUAGAACAAAACUGGAGAUAUGAAAAGAGAUCUUCAGUGAUUAUAAAUUAUUCAGAUAAGGAAAAGGCAGAAACAGAGUAUGGUUUCUGUGGUUGGUCAAUUUUUUUUGUUGUUUUUUUUUGUUUGUUUGUUUUGUUUUGUUUUGUUUUGUUUUUUUGUUUUCCUCAUUUAGCUUACUGUUUUAAACAUGGGAGCACACUGCUUGAGAAGAGAGAUCUUCUGCAGGAAAAGGUACUUUGCAUAGCCAAAAAAGAAUGUUCUACUGUUUGAAAAAUCUGACCUAUUUAUUUAUAUCUUCCUUCAAGUCAUACACUUUUUGGAAAGCCAUAUUGUAACAUACCGUUUCUCUUUAAUAACAUGCUUGCUUCAUUUAUACCAGUACCCAUCAACUUCACUGAAAAGAGUAGUAUUUUUAUGUCCUAGAUACUUCCCAAACUCCUCAUAGUAUCACUAAUCAAGAAGGAUAGGCUGUUGCCUCUGAACUUACAGAAUGCAGUUAAUUCUGGACUACGUGUAUUUUCUUCUUCCUAUGCCUUGGCAAAUAGCCUAAGCUUGCAGUGGCAAUACCAGUUCACGUAUAUCUUUAUCUUACAAUAGGAAAACUCUUCUGACUAUAAUGAGGGAGAGUCAUGAGCAGCAACUCAAGCUUGCAAAACAGGAAAUAAAAUAUAUGAAGUAUUUUUUUUUACCCUUUCUAUCCUUUAUAUUUAAUUGCUUAUUAUUAGUCACGCUGUAAAUGCUGUUAAAUAUUUCAGGAGAAGCAUAGAAUGAUACUUAAUACUUCAGGUUGGAAGGAGUCUCAGGAAGACAUCUAAAUACAACCUACAACUCAAAGCUGUGCUAGCACUGACAUUACAUCAGGUUGCUCAGGGUUGUCAUGUAAUGUCACUGUUGUCAUGUAAUGUCACUGACAUUGUAUCAGGUUGCUCAGUUCAAUCCAGAACUUCAGCGACACGCCUCUGUGAAAAGAGCUUCUUUGGAAAGGUUGGAAGAUGGCACUGACAGAGGCGUUUGCAGAUACACAGAUUUCACACAGGUUGCAGAUUUCACCCUGUCAGCUCCAGGCUUUCCCUUGCUCAGCCAUUGAUUUAACUGUUUCUAAGUAUGAACACUAAUUCCCAAAAGCAGGCAUGCCCUUUUAUAUAGCAGCAAUCAAUCCCCUCUCCCUACGUGCAGUGAGUUAUAGGGUACUUCCCAAUCAUGGGAGGAAAAUACAGUUCCUUAGCAAAGUACGUAGUGAACUACAUUAUAUGAGCUAACUUAUCAGGAAGCUGACAAUUUAACAGAACAGUUACACCAAAAUAAAUGAGUCUAUGGACUGGGGAGAGAGAAGGAGAACUGAGGCCAAGGAGAUGUCUGGCCCUAUAUUACUAACUUGAGCAGCUGAAGUUUGCAUAUAAUGGUAAGUUUGUGUAUGCAUUUUUCCAUAAGUUUGGGGAUGAUUGGGGAAUUCUAAGGGUUCAAUGUACAAUGUACAAUGUUCAAUAUCCUCUCACUGUCAUUUUGCUGUGUUGAUGAAUUUAUCACAUCCUGAAUAUUAGCUUGCUUCAGAAAUUGCUCAGUUAGUUUCACAACAAAGGUCUGAUGGAACUGGAGCUGUUUUAACUGAGCACUGUCACGAGUUUGUUGGGAAAAGUUAAAGGGAUGUUCUGUGUAAUGUGUUUAUUACUUCAGGAAAAGAAAUGGUUGUUUAAUGGUUGUAGGAAAAAUUCUGAAUUCUGUGUUCAUAAUUAUGGAUCUUGAGCUACUUAGUCUCUCUGUGCCACAUGUGCCUAUUUUGUAAAGUGACUAUGACAAGAUUUACAGUAACAAUGCAACAGCUAAGGUGACUGCAUGAUGCUUAUAAACUUUGGAUAUAAUACACUAACUAAAUGCAAAGUAUUAUUGUCCUCUGUCAGUUUUAUAUGUCUGAAUUACAUGUCUGAAUGUCAAUAGUUGUAUUUAAAGUAUUCAAUAUUAAAUGAAGCCCUAAUAUCUCUGCAGUUUAAUAAAUUGGUACUUUAAUAUUUGGAAAAAAA